GUCACAGCUAGACGCAUCCAUUUACCAUGUUCACUAAAAAUCACGGCAUUCUUUAAGAAAUUACACUUAAAUGUACACUGGCAUUAUAUUUGCGUUGAUUUACAUUUUUGCACGGCAUUUCAAAAAAUUGAUCCGUCAGUUUAUCGGUAAACUAAGUAAUCGUCUCCCUGGGUGAAUACAAUGGUACAUAUCCAGCUCCAGCUCCAGGACGAACAUGGCGCCUGGUUGCUUAGUGCUGGUCAUUUUAAUCUCUAUCUGAUCAGGUUCGUCUCCUGUCCGUAUCACAGCCCUACGUCCCUCGGAGCGCUCCGCUCGGUAUCUGUCGGCACCAUGUCGGAUUCAGAGGAAGACAGCCGUGAUCGGCAGCUGAAAGUCGUGCUGAUCGGAGACGGAGCCUCGGGAAAGACAUCACUUGCCACCAGAUUUGCUCAGGAGGCCUUUGGGAAGCAGUACAAGCAAACAAUAGGACUGGACUUCUUUCUGAAGAGAAUCACUCUGCCAGGCAACCUAAACGUCACACUGCAGGUCUGGGACAUUGGGGGCCAAUCCAUUGGAGGGAAGAUGCUGGACAAGUACAUUUAUGGAGCUCAGGGUGUCCUGCUGGUCUAUGACAUCACAAACUACCAGAGCUUCGAGAACCUGGAGGACUGGCUGGGGAUGGUGAAGAAGGUCAACGAGGAUUCCGACGUGCAGCCCGUCGUCGCUCUGGUUGGCAAUAAGACUGACCUGGAGCACAUGCGGACCGUCAAGGCGGACCGGCACCAGCGCUUCUGCCAGGAGAACGGGACCCUCAGCCUCUUCGUCUCUGCCAAGACCGGUGACUCGGUGUCCCUCUGCUUCCAGCGGGUGGCGGCGGACAUCCUGGGUGUGAAGCUCACCAAGGCCGAGAUGGAGCAGUCUCAGAAAGUCGUUCGGGCGGAGUUGGUGGACUAUCCCCACGACGAAGACCCCAGUAGACAGGAGGCCAAUCACAGCAAAGUGUGCUGUGUUCAGUAGUCAAAGCAGCACGUGGUGAAGGCCGACAUUGUGAACUACAGUCAGGAGCCCGUCACUCGGACAGUGAACCCCCCACGCAGCUCCAUGUGUGCGGUGCAGUGAGUCCCCCAGCCCAACCAGGCCUCAGAAAAGUGACUACAGAAGAAGCCCCCCUGGCCCCAACUCUGCAAGAGGACAAAGGGGGGGGGGGGGACAACAGGAAGGAGAGCUGUCUACAAUGUCCUGCUCUCUGCGGUGUCUACACACACACACACACGUUUACGCAGUCCUGCCUGCCUCUGUCUACAGUGUCCACACAUACGUACACACACAGUGUGAUGCGCAAAUGUGUGACUGCCCACACCAGUCUGCUGUUUAGAGCCUGACGUGCUCUUUCUCUGGCUCGUGAUUUCGGCUGUUUGACACCAGUACUCUGUAUAUAUGUAAGAAUUUCUUUCUCUUCUGAUAUAUGAAUCAUGUAAACGUGGAUACACUCUGUCCUUAUGGUGUUACCCAGGCAACCAUGCCUAAUAUUUUGGGCAACCUGUUUGUUGCUGGUACUGUGCACGUUUUAAGUGUGGUCAUUAUCUCAGAGACGAGUCAUUGCCUGUCUUUUCAAUAAAAUGAAAUCAAGUGUUUUUUGUUGCUGAAAGACACAAUCGAUUUUACAUCACUGUGGUAAAUAUUUCACUUGUAAGGGACCAAGCGUUGCUUUGGGGAAACCGGUUACUUUGAUGCUGUCUGGCUUAAAUGUCUGGUAUUUAAACUUAAUACCAAAAAAGUUUUCUUUUCCUUUCAAUUUUAGUCAUGAGUUUAUCCAUUGUCUAGGACCACCGUGAAUAAGAAUUAAAACAAACAUUAAGAAAUAUAUAAUGUUUUAUAGUCCUCUCUCUGUAUGAGCACGGGUAGUCCUGUGUGCUGCAGACCUAGUUGUCCCCCGGGAGGCGUUUUACAGUAUUAUUUCACGUGAUGAGCCUUGAGAGCCUGAGCUGCAGACGGACUGCGCAGCUGUGACGUGCCCCCAGGUGCUGCCAUGGAGAAAUGCGUUUGUCACAGCCGGACCCUUAUAUGGACUUCUGACGUCAUGAUAGAGGAAGGGUGUUGUGUAGCAAGAACAGAGAGGGAGAGAGCAGGUAGAUUGCAUAUCAACUUUAGUAACUCAUGUAAUGCUCAUUUUUAAAUCUGCCGAAUCCUGUGGUUUUCUGGGAUAAAUGUAAUAAAUACAUAACCGUUGAUGACGUAUAAUUGAUAUAUAGUUAUUGAAUGUAUUGUUUUGGGACAAUCUGAUAUUAUUUUCAAGAAGUAAAUUUUGGUCCAUUGUGUGUUUUAGGCAUAAAAUAUAUAUUUCUAAAUGAUGUUAUGCCAUUUUAAAGUGCUUCAGUCGUAUUUCCAAUCUCAUUUUUCACCUGUUUAACUUGGAUAAACGGAUUUGUGUAAUCGGACGAAUCCCACCCCUGUAUGACGAAACACUGAAAUGUACGUUAAAAUGUUACUGCGUUUAAUUGUAAUGAGAUUAAAAUGUUUCAUUCAGCA